AUGUGGCUGUACCUGGCUGCCCUGAUGGGGAUUUACGUCCUUCACCGAUGGUACCGGCAGAGACAGACUGUGGACACCCUGACAGAGAAACACAUUUUCAUCACUGGUUGUGACUCUGGCUUUGGAAACCUGCUUGCCAGGCAGCUGGAUGCGAAGGGCAUGAGGGUAUUGGCAGCUUGUUUUACUGAGAAGGGAGCAGAGCAGCUGCAGAAGGCCACCUCGGAGCGCCUGAGAACCACCAUCCUGGAUAUCACCAGCACGGAGAGUGUGGCUGCAGCAACCGAGUGGGUGAAAGGAUGCGUGGGGAACAAAGGGCUCUGGGGCUUGGUAAACAAUGCAGGUAUAGGUUUUCCAGUGGCUCCCACUGAAUGGCUGACUAAGGAUGACUUUGCAAAGGUAAUAAAUGUCGACCUGCUUGGGACGAUCGAUGUGACGCUGCACAUGAUGGCCCUGGUGAGAAGAGCCAGAGGGAGGAUAGUCAACCUCAGCAGUAUGGCAGGAAGAGUUUCAAUCUUCGCUGGAGGUUAUUCUCCAUCCAAGUAUGGCAUAGAAUCCUUCUCAGACAGUCUGAGGCGAGAAUUCCAUCCUUUUGGUGUCAAAGUCUGCAUUGUUGAGCCUGGGACGUUCAAAACACCUAUUUAUGAUGAUGCACAAAAAGAUUUCUGGGAUGUGUGGAGCCGGCUCCCUUCUGAAAUCAAGGAAUCCUAUGGAGAGCGAUACUUUGAGAGCUACCGCAACUUAUUGCAACUUUUCAUAGAUACAAGCAACAAGAACCUCUGCCUGGUCACCAACUGCAUCGAACAUGCCCUGACAUCCAGCCGCCCGUGUAUUCGCUACAUACCAGGCUGGGAUGCAAAGUUCCUCUACACUCCUCUCUCUUAUUUGCCAGCUUCAAUCGCGGACUUCAUAUUGGAAUUAAUUCUGCCCAAGCCAGCCCAGACAGUGUCGAUUAUGAUGCAGAAACAGAAUUAACUCAUCCAAACAAGCCAACAAACUGGAGAGGACAUCACUCCUAUUGCAUCUGUAUGCAGAUGGUGUUCCAGUGCAUCGACCCUUUGAACCAACUAUCCUAAAGAUAGAUAAUGACUAGGGGCAUUGGGAAUAGAUAUAGUGAAUAAGGGUCUCCUUACCUGUUCUACUUUUCGCUACUCUGACCCCCGAUAUUACACUUCAGGUAUUUCCUGUUGAACCCCACAAUCCUUCCAUUCCUCUUAGAGAGCAAAUGGAAACAUCUCUCUCCCUCUUUACCUAUUCAGAAUGUAGUCCUUUAGAUUAGGAUAAGAUCUUUCCUAUCCAAGUGUACUUAACCAAUAAAUAUUAGUAUUUAGUUCUACAAGAAA